AUGUCCCUCACUGGGCGGUGGCGGCAUGAAGAGCGUGUGCCCGCGGCGGACCGCGACCCGGACUCUGUCCCCAGAGCCGAGGACUUGCUCCAAGUUCCCGUGUCCCCUCACCCUGCUGUCACCGGCAGCCACCCGGCGGGCCUCGGCCUCGGCCUGCCUCUGGUCUCGGCGCAGCUUGAGCGCCUUGGAAUCUCUCGGUUCACCUGGAGGCCUCGGCCUGUGCUUGCCUGUCUCCCCAGGGCCGCGCAGUACGCCUGCUCCCUGCUCGGCCACGCGCUGCAGAAACGGGGCGCCAGUCCUGAGUUACAGCGACAGAUCCGGCAGCUGGAGGGCCAUCUGAGCCUGGGAAGAAAGCUUCUACGCCUGGGCAACUCAGCAGAUGCCCUUGAGUCGGCCAAACGAGCUGUGCACCUCUCAGAUGUUGUCCUAAGGUUCUGCAUCACUGUUAGUCACCUCAAUCGAGCCUUGUACUUCGCCUGCGACAAUGUCCUGUGGGCUGGAAAGUCUGGAUUAGCUCCCCGUGUGGAUCAGGAGAAGUGGGCCCAGCGGUCAUUCAGGUACUAUCUGUUUUCCCUCAUCAUGAAUUUGAGCCGUGAUGCUUAUGAGAUUCGCCUACUGAUGGAACAAGAGUCUUCAGUUUAUAGCCGGCGACAGAAGGGUUCUGGAGCAGGAGCCCCAGGAGGAAUUGAAACUGGGGGAGCUGGGGGUACAGGGACUUCAGGAGGAGGCCUGCCCCAAGUAGCUCUGAAGCUUCAGCUCCGAGUCCUGCUCCUGGCUCGGGUCCUUCGUGGUCAUCCCCCGCUCCUGCUGGAUGUAGUCAGAAAUGCCUGUGAUCUCUUCAUUCCACUGGACAAACUAGGCCUCUGGCGUUGUGGUCCUGGAGUUGUGGGGCUUUGCGGCCUUGUGUCCUCCAUCCUGUCUAUUCUCACCCUAGUCUGCCCUUGGCUACGACUCAAGCCCUGAUAUACUGGUACAGGAUAAGGAGGGGAACUGAAUUGGUAAGAUGGAAUCUUAGAUUGUCCCCAAUAUACCAGCCUCAUCCUAAUUCUACUCCUUCGUUAAAGUUAAAAUCCAGAGAUUUAGGGGUGGAGGGAGGAGCUUUGGGGAAGAUGAGAUGAGGAAAGGUGACUUGUGUAGUCACUAGUAUGAUUCUCAUGUUCAGAUUUGUUGGAGCUUUUGGUCUUUGCCUCCUUCAUUGCAUUGUCUGUCUCUCCUGACUCUUUUUACUUUGUCUCUCUUAAGUCUAUUUAAGAUUCUGUCUCACCCUAGCCAGCUUGGCUCAGUGGUUAGAGCGUCGGCCUGUGGACUGAAGGGUCCUAGGUUCGAUUCUGGCCAAGGGC